GAGUUCGCAUGGCACUUCUUGGUGUUAUCAUCAACACUGUCAGAGCGUGGCGGCAGACCGUGCAUAGAUUCCAAGUAUAGAACACUGUGCAUCCGAGUACGCCGCGCAUAAGCUUACAAUAUGUUUAGUCUCGGCUACAUUGCGUCCUAUUACGCUCGGCUGAGCCACGCUUACACCGUCGGCUGCUGUACUUAUACUUGUCCUUUUCCUUUUUCCCGCCAUGUCCCACACAGUUGACAUCCCUCAGGAACUCAAGACAUCCCUUCGGAAGUUCAGGUUUGCUCGCCGGAAUGCAGGCAGCGCAGCCAUAAUCGUGAAGAUCCACAAACAGAAGUUGAUCAUGGAGGAGGUCGAGCAAUUUGACAAUAUCAGUAUCGACGAUUUGGCCGAAGAGCUCCCCGAGAAUGCACCUAGAUACAUCGUGCUCUCGUAUGAGUUGAAACAUGAUGACGGCAGGACGUCGUUCCCUCUCGUUCUCAUCAAUUGGGCACCCCGGUCAAGCGAAAUGAGCCUACUGACGCUGCACGCAAGUGCAUUCCUCGAUUUCCAGGCAACGGCGGAUGUGAGCAAAGUCAUAGAAGUGAGAGAUGGUGCAGAAUCACUCACAAAGGAUAUCAUCGAUGGACAACUCAAGCACUCAUGAUACCAUUCAAAAUGCAACAUCUAAUGCAAGGCGGUGUAUGAUAUCCCAGGGCAGCUCGCGACAAUGUAUUUGUAUAUUCGGGAGGAAUGGAAUGUGUGUAACAAAUAACUAGCCGCGAUACGCUUGCAUGAUCCCAGCAAGUACCCAAGAAUGUCCCGCCAUGUAGAUCAUACCCCUCACCCAUAGACUGAAGAAUACGUUCUCUCCAAGGAAUUCAAGCUUAUAGGCCUCGCUGAGCCAUAGAACUUGUGUCCCAAGCCAUACUGUCGUGUAGAUCAGAGCCCAACGCGGUGUAAUCGAGAGUUGAGGAAUGAGAAGCGGGAGGAAGAGUGUGUACCACAAGAAGUACUACGAAACGCAUGAGUAUUGUGGCCAAGAUGGUGCAACAAUGCAACAUACCUGCGACGUGCAUACUCUAUUGAAGAUCACAAAGACGAACGUCUGUA